CUGCUGUGCAGGGAGCCUGAUGUGGGGCUCCAUCCCAGGACCCUGAGAUCAUGACCUGAGCCAAAGGCAGACGCUUAACCAUCUAAGCCAUCCAGAUGCCCCUAUAUUGUCAAUCUUAAAACACUGUAUUGAGAUUAUAUAUACAUAAAGAUCAUCAUCAUCAUCGUCAUCACCACAUAUUACUGAAUAAACUAAUGAGCAUCUCUUAUCACUGGGCACUAGGAGGUGGAAGACUUCAUCCUAUUACCUGGGUUGGGCUACAGCUUUCUAUUGACAUGUUUGGGUCUAGACCCAGGGCAUUGUGAACUUUGGAAUUCUCGAGACUUGUUUUUUCUGGGUCCCCAUUUUGUCAUGUUGGCGUCACCCUCCCACACCUUUUAGUUGUGUACCCUAUCCUUUUCCAGUGGCUUCCUUGCCAUCUUCUCUUCCCUCCAGGCUCACCCACAACCUCUUUUUGGUCCCAAUGCAGAGAAAAGUACACUGGAGGAAGGGCUCUCCUGUUGAAGUGUGCUCGGCACCUCCUGCGCCCUCAGAUUCAGUCCAAUUACCUCCUCCCUCCAUGUUCCUAUAACUUUUCUUCCCCCAGUCCCUUAACCGGCCCACUGACUGCUAAGCAAUCCUGGGUCCCCGUGCCUAAACUGCUCUUGUUCCCCGCUGCUCAGGGAGAUUUUAACCAUCCUUCAAGGCUUGAGUCAAAUCUAUCUCUACCAUGGAAACCGCGACAUUUCCCUCUCCCCUUCCUGAAUUACUGCUUCAGGGCUUCUCAUUCCGUCUCACCAUGUCACCUCCUUCCCCCAAUCGAUUCUAAGCUCUUCGAGGUUCAAGUCCAGGUAAUAAACUUCCCAUUAGCCCCAUCCUUUCCGCACACAUCUGGGGUGACUGCCCUGCAAGUUGCAGAGGGCAAGCCCCCUCCCCUCUUUGAGGAUGUUACCUCAAUCAGCAAGAAGGGCUAACAGCACCCACACAUCCCCGAGUUUCUACGCGGAGUAAGAGAUGCGGGCGGUGGAAAUCGCUCUAGAGCCUGGCGCAGGUUGGGUCGGGGCUUGCGUGGCCCCUCCGCAGCCCGGAACAGCAGGAACGCACCGGGGGCGGGGCCGCGCGGGGUCUCCCGGGAGUUGUAGUCCGCAAGUGCGCUCGCAGUCUCCGCACGCUCCGCGCGGAGACCCGUAAGACUUGCCUGCGAAGGUGGCGGGGGUCUGCGGGGCUCUAGGGGCUGGCCCCGGGCGGGGAUGGGGCAGAGCGCAAGCAACCGGUAUGGCCCUGCCGUUGCUGCUGGGGCAGCUGCUGGCGCUCAUGGGCCACGGGGGCGCGUUCUACCUUGAGGUCCGCGAGCUGGAGGAGAAGUGCUUCAUCCAGGAGAUCCCCGAUGGUACCGUGGUCAUAGGUAACUACAGGACGGAGCUCUACGACCCCGCUAUGGAAAAGUACCAGCCCUCCCCGCAGUGGAUCAAUUUGUUCGUGUUUGUGAAAGACCCCGAGAACAAGAACCUUCUGGCCCGACAGUACGGCCCUCAGGGCAGCUUCACCUUCACCUCCCAGUCUCCCGGAGAGCACCAGAUCUGCCUCCACCUUGAGUCCAUCCGGUUCGCCCUCUUCUAUGAUGGCAAGCUGGCCAUUCACUUGGACAUGCAGUUGGGUGAACACACCAAUGAUUAUGCGGAAUUUGCGGCCAAGGACAAGCUGACCCAGCUGCAUCUGCGUGUACAGCAGCUUGUGGAGCAGGUGGAGUUGAUCCAGAAGGAGCAGGAGUAUCAGAGGUGGCGAGAGGAGCGCUUCCGGCAGACCAGCGAGAGCACCAACCAGCGGGUGCUGUGGUGGUCCAUUCUGCAGACCUUCAUUCUGGUUGCCACGGGUGUCUGGCAGAUGCAGCACCUCAAGAGUUUCUUUAAAGCCAAGAAGCUGGUGUAGUUGGGCCCCAGAAACCUAGCCCCAACUCAUUCCCCUUCUGUUAACUGAUUGAAAGUGCCCUGGCCUGGUCUAUUUCCUGGCUCCCAAUCCCCCAACCCUGCAGGGGGGACAGAGGACCUCUUUCAACUGGUUUCUCAGCCAGCAUUUGGGAGAGGAUGAGUUGCCCACUAGAUGCUUGGUCGGGGAGCUGUAGGAUUUUGUGGCUUUGUGCUGUUGAGGAGGAAGGUGAGGGUGCCCCCACGCCCCUGGCUAAACCGGAUGGAUGAACUGUCCCAAGAUGGAGAGAAUUAAGAGUGACUAUAAACUGCAACCUUUCUGACCUAAA